GGUUUGUUAAGGAUUGCCUGGUAAGAAUGGCUGCUGUGUUUUCAAAUCUAAGCGCGUGGCGCCAUCGCGUGUUCGGCCCUUACAGCUGCAACUCACGGCAGUGUUUACUGUUACUUAGCAACGCUUAUACAAUCGCCGCAGUUUCUCCUUACGGUCUAAGGCGUUUGUGUUGCCAUCCCUUAGCUCGAUUUUUCAUUGUCAUGACAGAAAGGGAGAAAGUUAACUUUGUUCACCAGGACAAAAUUCACAUCGAGAUGAUAAAAAAGGAGGAAAGACUGCUGAAGCUGCACACGGAGUUCAGCAUCAAUCCAUUCAGGAAAUUGCAUAUAAUGGCAGACAAGCCCAUGUCCAAGAAACCUCUAGAAAUGAUAGCAGAGACUGCUGAUUUCAGAGAAGCUUUCCACAAGGCCCACAUGGAGCCCACCAAGAAAUAUCCAGUGCCACUCACUGAGAGUCAGGAGAUAGGAUGGUUCUCAACUCUACUGACUCCAUUGAGCCACCAUGAUAACGGAUUCAAUUUCCACCGGAUCACCACAGACGUCACGUUCCAUGGAAAACAUGCCUGAGUUUUAAAUUAAACAAUGAAAAGCAGAGAAGCUCAAGUAUAUUUGUUUAUC